AUGCUGAAUUCUCAUCGUGCCACCCUUCUCAUCGUGCUGUUUUUUUCCCCUGCAGUGGACCGCAGUUCGAAGAGGAGACAAGUGAAGCCUUUGGCAGCUUCGCUGCUGGAAGCUUUAGAUUAUGAUAGCUCUGAUGACAGUGAUUUUAAAGUUGGAGAUGCUUCAGAUUCUGAAGGAAGUGGUCAUGGGAGUGAAGAUGCAUCAAAGGACAGUGGUGAAGGUUCCUGUACUGAAUCAGAAGAAAAUAUCUUGGAGGAGGAACCAGCAGAAGUGAAAGUAGAAGAGCAACAGCCAAAAAGCUCCACUGAAGAAGAGGUACCAACAGCAGACAAAGAAGUAAUUAAAACUGAAAAGAAAGAGCAAGAAGAUGAAGAAGAAAAGCCAAAAAAGAAGAAAGAGAAGGAGAAAGCAGCUGAACCGGAUGCUGUGGCUGAUGAGCAAACAAAUGAACCAAAAAAAUGGAAUUUGCGCAGGAACCGACCUCUGCUAGAUUUUGUAUCCAUGGAAGAACUAAACGAUAUGGAUGACUAUGACAGUGAAGAUGACAAUGACUGGCGGCCUACUGCUGAGAAAAAAAAAGGAAAAAAUGCUCUGCGAAAGGAGGGGAGUGAUGGAGAUAAUGAGGAUGAUGAAGAUGAUGGGAGUGGAAGUGAUGAGGAUGACAAUGAUGAGGAAGGUAAUGAAGAAGAUAAUAGCAGCACGGCUAGUGAUGGAGGAUCCAAGAAGAAGAAGAGUAAAGUUCUUAACAGGAAUAAUGCAGAUGAUGAGGAAUUGACAAAUGAUAGCCUGGCUCUUUCACAAAGCAAGAGUAAUGAGGACUCAUUGAUCCUUGAGAAGUCUCAAAAUUGGAGUUCCCAGAAAAUGGACCAUAUUUUGAUUUGUUGCGUUUGUCUUGGAGAUAACAGUGAAGAUGCUGAUGAAAUAAUCCAGUGUGACAACUGUGGAAUAACAGUGCAUGAAGGUUGCUAUGGUGUUGAUGGAGAGAGUGACUCUAUCAUGAGUUCAGCUUCAGAAAAUUCAACAGAGCCUUGGUUUUGUGAUGCAUGCAAAUGUGGUGUCACACCUAGUUGUGAAUUGUGUCCCAACCAGGAUGGGAUCUUCAAGGAGACUGAUGCAGGCAGGUGGGUCCAUAUUGUUUGUGCCCUCUAUGUUCCAGGAGUGGCAUUUGGAGAUAUUGACAAACUACGACCAGUAACACUAACCGAAAUGAAUUAUUCAAAGUACGGUGCAAAGGAAUGCAGUUUUUGUGAAGAUACUCGUUUCGCCAGAACUGGAGUAUGCAUUAGUUGUGACGCCGGGAUGUGCAGAGCUUAUUUCCAUGUGACCUGUGCUCAGAAGGAAGGUCUCCUUUCUGAAGCAGCAGCGGAAGAGGAUAUAGCUGACCCUUUUUUUGCUUAUUGUAAACAGCAUGCAGACAGAUUAGACAGAAAAUGGAAGCGGAAGAACUACUUGGCAUUGCAGUCUUACUGUAAAAUGUCCUUGCAGGAAAGAGAAAAGCAACUUUCACCAGAAGCUCAGGCUCGAAUCAAUGCCAGGCUACAGCAGUACCGUGCCAAGGCAGAGCUGGCUCGCACCACCAGGCCACAGGCCUGGGUUCCCAGGGAGAAGCUGCCCCGACCCCUUACUAGCAGUGCUUCAGCUAUACGUAAGCUUAUGCGCAAAGCUGAGUUAAUGGGAAUUAGUACUGACAUUUUUCCAGUGGAUACUUCAGAUACGAGUUCCAGUGUUGAUGGAAGAAGAAAACAUAAACAACCAGCUCUCACUGCUGAUUUUGUGAAUUAUUACCUUGAGAGAAAUAUGCGCAUGAUUCAAAUCCAGGAGAAUAUGGCUGAACAGAAGAAUAUCAAGGAUAAAUUAGAAAACGAGCAAGAAAAACUUCAUGUGGAGUAUAAUAAGCUGUGCGAGUCUUUGGAAGAGCUACAAAAUAUGAAUGGAAAAUUGCGAAAUGAAGGGCAAGGCAUUUGGGCUCUGCUGGGUAGAAUCAUUGGACAGAAAUUGAACAUCCCAGCAAUUUUACGGGCUCCUAAGGAAAGGAAACCAAGUAAAAAGGAAGGAGGAACACAAAAGACAUCUACACUUCCGGCCGUACUUUAUAGUUGUGGAAUUUGCAAGAAGAACCAUGAUCAACACCUACUGCUACUGUGUGAUACUUGUAAACUCCAUUAUCAUCUUGGUUGCCUGGAUCCACCUCUUACAAGGAUGCCAAGGAAGACCAAGAACAGUUACUGGCAAUGCUCAGAGUGUGACCAGGCAGGUAGCAGUGACAUGGAGGCUGAUAUCGCCAUGGAAACCUUGCCAGAUGGGACCAAAAGAUCAAGGAGGCAGAUUAAGGAACCAGUGAAAUUUGUUCCUCAGGAUGUGCCAACAGAACCGAAGAAAAUUCCAAUCAGAAACACGAGAACUAGAGGACGAAAACGAAGCUUCGUGCCUGAAGAAGAAAAACCUGAGGAACGGAUUCCCAGAGAAAGAAGACAACGACAGUCUGUUCUGCAAAAGAAGCCCAAGUCAGAGGAUUUAAGGACUGAGUGUGCUACAUGCAAAGGGACUGGAGACAAUGAAAAUCUAGUCAGGUGUGAUGAGUGCAGGCUUUGCUACCAUUUUGGCUGUCUAGACCCUCCCUUAAAAAAGUCUCCUAAACAGACUGGCUAUGGAUGGAUUUGUCAGGAAUGUGACUCUACAUCCUCCAAA